AUGUUCAAGCAAGCAAAUGCCACUUCGGCUUUGUUGAGGCCUUCAUCUGCACACACAUCCAAAAGAGCAGUGUCUGGUAUGAAACGACUUUUACCCCUCAGGCUUGCCACUCCACCACUGUCAGAAGAUUCGGAAGAUUCAGAUUCACACUCCGUGUCAACACCCUCUAAGAGGUCAACUUUUGGACAACUAGAACGUUUGGGAGACUUGUCGGAUCUGGGAAAUAUAUCACAACGGAGAUUACACGGUACAUCACUUUUGGCGAUCCGACCCGAGAAAUAUCGAGACACUCCCAUUAUUUCAACUGAUGGAUCGCCUUUAAUCGGAAGUCCUCUUUAUCAAGAGAGUUGUACCAAGUGGGAUGAGAUUGAGUGCACUACAUCUAGUAUCAUCGAUGCGUAUGAAGGAUUGAGUGACUCGAGUUCAAGCAAAGGAUGCGGUUGGGAUGACUCAAAUCAUGACACACAUGAGACACAAAGUGCGACACUAUCACCUAUGUCCCCAAGAAGACGUCAUCGAGCAGAUUCGGAAUUGUCUUUCAAGUGUUUGGGCGAAGAAAAUGAAGAUGCUGAAGAUGCUGAAGAAGGUGAAGAAGGUGAACAAUCUGAAUCUUCGUGGUUUGCUGGUUCAAAAACCACACGCCGAAUCGCUCCUAGAUUGUCGACUUUGGAUAUUGAAGAAUGGCUCGACGAUAGUGAAAGUAGCAUGUGUGAGAGUUCAGAUGAUGAUGAGUCUGACGACUUUUUCGCAUGCGCAACAGCUCUCGCACCAGCUAAAGCACAAGUUAUCCACGUGAAUCAUAAAAAAUCUCAAAGCUUGUCUAUUACCAUUCCAGAAAGAACAACCCCCACUGGAAUUUUAAAGCAUUCCGAUUCAUCUGCUCUUCGAAGAUUAACCUCUCGUUCUCCGAUUGAGACAUCCCCAAUGGAUGAUCUAGCCAUGUCCAGUCCUCCAACUUCACCCGAUGAACCAGAACCCAACAAAUUUUCUAACUUUAGUCAACGAAAGAUCUCUCGCUCACCAGCAGAUCUUUCUCCAACACCUGCCUCUCCAGAUACGAUACUUGAUAUCGUAGCCGCAAUCGAAGAAUGCACUUCGAACUUUCCUACCAAAAUGUUAUUAGCUGAUACCCCAUGUAUAUCAUCCAUUCGUUCGCAUCUUAAAGCUACAUCAACUGCCUCUUUCAAAUCAUUUCAGCGAUCAAAACAACCACCACCAGCACCAUCAACCACAACACUUAUCCCACCCCACCAAAAAGGUAUCAACCGUCGCAAUCGUCCUCAAACAAUCUGUCUCUCCCCAACCGAGACCAAAUCCUUCAACUUUUCCAUUCCCACCACCCCACCCGUCACUCCUCCCUUCAGUCCCGAUUUCUCCUUCUCCGCCCUCGCACCCGCCAACAAACCCAGCACCACCAACGCAGGUCCCUCUCCCAUCCUCCCCACCUUCGCCUACCAACUCGCAGCCGCCAAUCUGCAACCUCUCCACGCCAUCUUCCCCGUCUCCUCGGAUUUCCUCCGCUCCGCUCUCUACGCCCACAUCCUCGCUUACAUCUUCCUACAAUCGCUUCCCUCCUCUCCUACCCCUCCAUCCAGUACCCCUCUCACCCGCACUACCACUAUCAAACAUUCUCACUCCGCUUCCCACAAUCUUCGCAAAUCUUCUUUCCACAAUAAUACCUUCUUAUCUUACACAUACAACAAUACAUCUCUCGUCGGUAUUCCUGCCAAAGCAGCUUCCACCCUCGGUCUCUCAGCAUCAACAUCCAUUCGUCGUAAUGGAAACAUGGGAGCAGUUGCGCAAAACAAGAAGAUCGAAUUCAAUCUCAAGACUUGCAUCGGCAAAUUGUUGAAAGGCAUGCAGGGAAGUGUGGAUGUGGAUGGAAAUGGGAAGGAAGUGGAGGGAUGGGUUUUGAGAAGUUUGGUCGAGGUUGUGAGAGGGUGCGAGGGGAUUUAG